GAAAGCACAAGAAGGAAAAAAGAAAGUUGUCCUAGCUGGAUGUGUUCCACAAGCCCAGCCCCGACAAGACUAUCUGCAAGGCCUGAGCAUUAUUGGGGUUCAACAGAUAGAUCGUGUAGUGGAAGUUGUUGAGGAAACUAUUAAGGGUCAUUCUGUGAGAUUGCUAGGACAGAAAAAGGAUAAUGGGAAACGGCUGGGGGGAGCGCGACUGGAUUUGCCAAAGAUUAGAAAGAACCCCCUGAUAGAAAUCAUUUCCAUCAAUACAGGGUGUCUGAAUGCAUGUACUUAUUGCAAAACUAAGCAUGCCCGAGGGGAAUUAGCAAGUUAUUCUAUUGAAGAACUGGUAAACAGAGGCAAACAAUCCUUUGAAGAAGGAGUAUGCGAGAUAUGGCUGACCAGCGAAGAUACCGGGGCUUAUGGCAGAGACAUUGGCACAGACCUCCCGACUCUCUUGUGGAAGCUAGUGGAAGUGAUCCCUGAGGGAGCAAUGCUAAGGCUUGGCAUGACAAACCCGCCGUAUAUUUUAGAGCAUCUGGAGGAAAUGGCAAAAAUUCUCAACCACCCGAGAGUCUACUCUUUUCUACAUGUACCAGUUCAAUCCGCUUCUGAUAGCGUAUUGAUGGACAUGAAGAGAGAAUAUUGUGUAGCUGAUUUCAAACGUGUGGUGGAUUUUCUUAAAACUAGGUAAGU